AUGGAAGCACGUGAAACAUCAGCGUCAGAAACAAACUCGUUGAAGAAGUUGUAUGAGGAGUUUGGUGGCAGCACGUCCAUGCAUGGCAUCAAUAAAGUGCUCACAGCCAGCAGCAAGCGGAAACGAUGCGUGUGGUCAGUGUUGUUUCUGUUUGGUGUAGCAUUUGCAGUCUAUCAGUUUGUGAUUACAAUGGAGGACUUCUAUAGUUAUCCGGUGAUGACCGUGGUCACCCUCAAACAAGAAACUACGGCAAUCUUUCCAGCGGUCACAUUUUGCAACUUGAAUCAGAAGAAGAAGUCAAUGAUCGAUCCGUAUCUGAUGAUGACUAUGACAGAGAUGGCAAAGGUAAUAGUAUUGUCUGUCUGUCUGUCAGUCAGUCUGGUCAUUUACUUACACUAUAGUUUUUAUUUUUUAUUUCAGCUUACAGAUGAGGCUGAAGGUGAAGCUGUUAUGAAAACCCUGAUGCGAAGCCAUCAGCAUGGCAACCAAUCAGGACAUCAGAUACAGGACAUGCUGAUCAAGUGUACGUUUAACAAAGUGAGUACGGUACUACUGUGCUACGUAACAAGAUCCGGUCCAAGAAAUGGCUUGAUACUGGAGCUCAACAUCGAGCAAUACGAAUAUCUGCCUACAACUUCUUUAGCUGGGCUGAAUGUCAUUGUACACCCACAGGACGAAAUCCCAUUACCUGAAGAUGGCGGGAUUCUAGCUCAGCCAGGUGCCAUGACCAGGAUUGGGAUUAAACAGGAAAUAACACAACGACUGCCAUCACCGUAUAGUAACUGUGUCAGUGCAGACGGACAAAGCAGGACCCGGCGUAGUUUCUACCAAAAAAAGACGUACACACAAAAUGCAUGCAUGAAAUCCUGUUAUCAGAUGGCCGUGUAUGAAAAGUGUGAAUGCUGUAAUGCAGUGCUACCAUGUGACUACUAUGACAUUUUAAAUGUGGAUAGGACAACAACAAAAACAAAUGAAAAUCUGUCGUUGUGUGAGACAUUUUCUGAUUUCAAAUGUGAAACUGAGGUCGAAAAUCUAUUCCUAAAACACGAACUGGACUGCGAUGAACACUGCCCUCCGGCGUGUGAUCGUACUACAUUUGACAUGAUCUUCUCGACUGCACAAUGGCCUCCUGACUCGAAAAUUGAUACUUUCUUGGACACUAUAAAAAGCAACUUCUUACAAAACGUGUCUUUCGCAGACAACUAUUCUUUAGAACGGUUUAUCCACUCCAACUUUCUGAGGAUUGAAAUCUUUUUGGAAAGUUUGGAGUUUAAAGAGUUCACCACACAGGCGAAGUACGACUGGAACUUGCUACUAGGAACUAUUGGUGGGCUUCUGGGGCUAGGAUUGGGGUUCUCUUUGUUAACUGCCAUGGAAAUAGUCGAGGUGCUGAUUGAGACGGUCUUGUAUUGCGCACACAGAAAGUACCAGAAGAAAAAGAACAUCCGGAUAUAA